AUGCCACCAAAGAUACUCUGCGUAGCAGAGAAGCCUGCCAUCGCUAAGGCGGUUGCUCAACAUCUAGCUGGUGGCCAGCUCAGCAACCACAGCAUUGCCGGUAAUCGGUAUGUUCGCAACUACGAAUUCACGUUCAACUUUCGUCAAUGGGGCAACUGUUCUGUUGUCAUGACAAGCGUCCUGGGCCAUCUGACCAGCCUCGAGUUUGAUCCUCAGUUCAAGGGCUGGAAAUCUUGCCAGCCAAGUGCUCUGUUCGAAGCUGCCACACAUACCGAAGUCGAUACUGAUAAACAGGCGAUUGCCAGGAAUAUCCAAAAUCAAGCUCGAUACGCCCGCACGCUCUUCAUCUGGACUGACUGCGAUCGGGAGGGAGAACACAUCGGCACCGAGGUGGCCAAUGAAGCAAGGAAAGGAAAUCCAAGCAUUGUGAUCAAGCGUGCCAAGUUCAGCAAUACAGAACGCGCUCACGUCAUUCAAGCAGCGCACAAUCCUAUCGACUUGGACGAUCGUCAGGCAAAAGCCGUCGCCGCCCGCAUCGAACUUGACCUCCGGAUAGGCGCCGCCUUUACGCGCUUUCAGACGCUGCAGCUUCAGAAUGUUACGGACAAACUAGCCGAUCAAAUCAUCAGCUACGGAUCAUGUCAAUUUCCCACUCUUGGUUUCGUCGUUGAGAGGUACAAUCGCGUGCGCAAGUUCAAGCCCGAGACCUUCUGGACCAUCAAGGUCAUGCACAAAAAAGAGGACAAGCAAGUCAACUUCCAUUGGGGCCGUGUGCACCUCUUCGAUCGAGCCGGUGUUACCAUACUGUUUGAAACAUGUCUGGACGCCAAGAGAGCUCAAGUGAGCAAGGUCCAGAAGAAGCCCACAUCCAAAUGGCGGCCGCUGCCGCUAACCACCGUCGAGCUUCAGAUGCAGGGCAGCCGCUUCUUGAGGAUGAGUGGCCAGGAAAUUAUGAAGAUAGCAGAAAAGUUGUAUCAGCAAGGCUGGAUCUCUUAUCCACGAACAGAAACUGAUCAAUUCUCACAAGACUUUGACCUACACGGCGUCAUCCGCAAGCAAACUGGAGACACCAACUGGGGCCAGUAUGCGCAGCGGCUCCUUGACGGCGCGUUCCGGACGCCAAGGUCGGGGCGACACAACGAUCAGGCUCAUCCUCCCAUACACCCUGUCAACUACGUAGCUGGCACAGCGCUAAAUGCCAAUGAGAGGAAGGUGCACGACUUUGUUGUUCGGCGGUUCCUCGCUUGCUGCUCAGAUGACGCCAAAGGCGAAGCCACGGAUAUCGAGAUCAAGUGGGCAAGCGAGUAUUUCCACACCAAGGGUUUGCUGGUCCUGGAACGCAAUUACUUGGACGUGUACCCCUACGACAAGUGGGAAAGCAGCCAGCAGCUACCAAAUUUCGCGCUGAAUGAGACCUUUGAACCGAGCCAAGCGAACAUGACUGAAGGCAAGACCACUCCACCCGGCUACCUCACCGAACCUGAACUCAUUGGCCUGAUGGAUGCCAACGGCAUUGGCACUGACGCAACCAUGGCUGAACACAUUGCCAAAAUCCAGGAGCGCAUGUACGUCCAAACACGGACACGGGGUAAUGGGCGGACGCAACUCCGGGAAUUCAUACCAACCACUUUGGGCGUUGCCUUGGUAGAGGGUUACGACAAUGUGGGCCUCGACGUCAGUGUCAGCAAGCCCUUUCUCCGGAAAGAGAUGGAGCUCAAGAUGAAGGCCAUUUGCGAUGGUGGGAAGACCAAAACGGAGGUGGUUCAGGAAAGUCUCGAACAGUAUCGGGAAGUCUUUUCCAAAACUCUACGAGAGGUUGACGUUCUGAAGCGCUCAGUGGUCAAGUAUGUGGUCAAUGGCGAGACAACAUGA